AUGGGAAUUUUGAGAAGCGAUAAAAUUGUGGAAUUGACUCAAGAUGCUACAACCUCUCGAUUCUAUACAGCCAUCACGUCAGGACCGUUCAAGAAUUUCGAUCAAACUCAUUACUUACUCAUGCAAAAUCAGAAAACAAGUAAUGAAAAAUACUUUUUCGUAUUAAGCAAUCCAUGCUCACACACAAGCAGCAGCAAAGGAGGUAACGACAACAAUACUUUUGAUGAAAUUCCAACAUUGGAGGAUUCAUUGGAUUUGAAAAAUAAUCGUGCUCGUAUCUCCAUCGUGGAUGUGAACAUUGAGGAAAUUUAUUAUCCUUACACGGUAUUAUUCAGCAACAACCAAUCUUCGGACUGGUUGACCGAUUCCAAUUCCAUUCAAUUACCACCUCUUGAAUUGAGAAAAUUGUUGUGGACGUGGUUGCUUCUGAAUCGCUGA